UUUCAGCAUCAGGUCCUGGUGGCCCUUUUGUGACUGACCCUUACUACUCUUCUCUACCAGUAAGGGCUAUAGGGUUUCAGAUUUCACAAUGCUCAGGGCACAGGUGGACAUGUCCCUCUGAAUGUCCCUCUGAGGACAACUUCCAAACUACUUCUUUCAUUUUCAACUCUCUGGUAGUUACUCUGCUGGCCUCAUGGUCCUGUCUGAAGCAGAAAGUCUACCAUCUACUUCUGUAGUAUCAAGACUGCUGUGCUCUGUCUAAAGCUUCCUGACUAUGCAAUAGCAUGUGGGAGGGGCCAAAUACACCCCACUGCAGCCACACCCUCUGGUAAAGAUACAAAUAGUGAUGCUUGGGACUGCUCAUCAGAGCCACUCUGCCUUCACCAUGAAGUCCAGUACCUUCUUCCCUUUCAUGGUGCUCCUUGCUCUGGGGAUCCUGGCAUCCUGGACUGUGGAAGGAGGCAAAAAUGAUGCUAUCAAAAGUGGUGCCUGCCCUUCUAGAAGGCCUGUCAACUGCCUGAGGAAGGAGAAACCAGAGUGUGAUUCUGACUGGCAAUGCCCGGGAAAUAAGAGGUGCUGCCAAUUUAGGUGUGGUUUCAAAUGCAUUGAUCCUCUUCCCAUCCGCACUGCAGUGAGGUCGAAGCCUGGCAAGUGCCCAAAGAUUCAAGGACAAUGUUUGAUGCUGAAUCCUCCCAAUAGGUGUAAGAGGGAUGGCGAGUGUGCUGGCAACUAUAAGUGUUGCCUGGGCAUGUGUGGGAAACUCUGCCUUCUCCCACAGUAAGCCUGAUCCCUGGCAUUUCAGGCAGCUCUGAACCGUGCUGUGUGUGCUCUGGAACCUCCUCCUCUGCUCUCAGGUUCCCCAGCUCCCAUCUUGGAUCCAGUGGAGAGGGUUUGCUUCUGCCACCAACAGCUCCCUUUGGUACAUGCUCAGCAUUCAGGAGUCUUUAAGGCAAUACCAUCAGAGAGCAAAUAAAUAAACGCGUUUAUGUCUCUAAGCA